UCUUCCUCUCUCUCUCUCUCUCUCUCUCUCUCUCUCUCUCUCUCCCUCUCUCCCUCUCUCUCUCCCUCUCUCUCUCUCUCUCUCUCUCUCUCUCUCUCUCCCUCUCUCUCUCUCUCCCCUCUCUCUCUCUCUCUCUCUCUCUCUCUCUCUCUCUCUCUCUCUCUCUCUCUCUCUCUCUCUCUCUCUCUUUCUCUCUCUCUCUCUCUCUCUCUCUCUCUCCCCCCUUCCCUUCCAUCUUAGAAUCAAUAUUGUGUAUUGGUUCCAAGGCAAAAGAGUGAGUGGUAAGGGCUAGGCAAUGGGGAUCAAGUGACUUACCCAAGGCCACACAGCUAGGAACUAUCUGAGGUCAUAUUUAAACCUAGGACUCCCCUCUCUAGGACUGACUCUCUAUGCACUGAGCCACUUAGCUGCCCCUCCUUGUAACUUUUGAACUUAAAAAAAUUAUGCUCCCAGACCAGAGCUUGUCAAAUUAUGGCCCACUGACCAACUCCACCCCACAAACUAUAUUUGUAAAACCUGAUAAAAAUAUAAAACAUUUGUAGCUCACGAGUCUUACAAAAAUAGGAGGCCUAGGCCGGUUGGUCCUUGGGUCACAUUUGCUGACCUUGGUCCUAGGCCAUCCAUAUUGAGGGAAGGGGGAACAGAUAUAAUUCUAGUUCAGCAACCCUCUCUGAGGAGAGAACACAUUGGUCACUCCUGUGGCUUCUUCUUCUGUUGUCUCUAAACAGGAAUCAAAGUCUUUUUUGGAAAAAGUGAGGUAAGACUCCAGGGAUAUCUAUCCAUGUCUACCCAUAGCCAUAUAAAGAAUAAUCAUGUUGAUACACAUCUCUCAUGGACAGCACAAACUCUACAGAAGCAUCUGACCCCAAGUGCAUCACAUUAUUUUCUAAAUCUACUUUGAGGGGGCAGCUGGGUGACUCAGUGGAUUGGGAGUCAGGUCCAGGGAUGGGAGGUCCUGAGCUCAAAUCUGGACUCAGAAUCUUCCCAGCUGUGUGACCCUGGGCAAGUCACUUGACCCCCAUUGCCUAGCCCUUACCACUCUUCUGCCUUGGAACCAUUACACAGUAUUGAUUCUAAGAUGGAAGAUAAGGGUUUUUUUAAUAAAUAAAUAAACAAAAAUAAAUAAAUAAAUCUACUUUGAGUUCCUUUAUAAGGAAUUUUAGUGGACUCUGAGGAAUAUAUGAGUCAAUAGGGAAAUGUGACAGCCAACAUGGAAACAAAUGUUAUUGUAGGUUGCAUUACAAAAAGAUAAAUCUCUAAUCCUAGGGAGAUGGUAAUAUCAUAAUACUUUGUUCUGUUGAGGUUGCAUAUAGAAAGUAUUCUAUUUGGUUUGAAGUACCAGUUGAUUAGUCUUUUUUUUUUUAAGCAUGUAGUUUAUGCCUGAUAGUAUGCUAAACAAACAGAAGACAAAAUAGACCUUGUCUUCUAGGUUCUUACAUUCCAAAAUACAAAUAAGUAGAUAAGUAAGAAAAAGAUGCAGAGUACACAGAAAGGCAUUAGAAACUGAAGGGAGAGUGGGGAAAGACCUCCUCCAGAAGGUAGGAUUUGGCCUGAAACUAAGAAAAUAGGCAGAGGUAAAGAAAGGGUCAGAGCUUUUUAGGCACCGGGGACAACCAACACCACAUUUAAGGAAAGACAGUGAUAAACUAGAGGGCAUCCAGAUUGGAGUAUUGACUAUAAAGAAGUGAUAGGAGAUGUGGAAAGGUAACAGUUUGUGUGGGGAAAGGGCCAACGGGGAGUGGCAGUUGGGUCUUGUGACUAGCACUUCCUUCCUGCUGGGUGUGGCAGUUGGGUCUUGUGACUAGCACUUCCUUCCGGCUAGGGGAAGACAAGAGGUCUUGCUUCCAGGUAUUGGAGGAGAGAGGAGCUUGUUCAGCCCAGUCUGGAGCAGCAUGCUCUUCUUGGUUCAGCCCGAAUACAUAGGCUUCUGAAGGUUAGAAUUGUUCUGGUUUGCUUUCUGUCUAUUGCUAAGAUUCUGAAUUAGAACAACGAGAGUAGACGGGAGUGGGACAAACCCUCCGCCAGCCUCUAGGGCCUGGCCCUAUACUCUGAAGCUAAGGAAACCCUCCAAUUCCAACUAGUUAUUAAACUUUGUUAUUGAAUUCGCAGUCAGAUAAGUGGACUAUCUUUGCUGGUCAUAGAGGGAGCUGAACUUCAGUUUCAGUCAUUCAAAGACAAACCGUCCUUAUUGGACCCCUGCUGUUUCCUCUCCCUCCCUUGCCUCACCAAACAGCGUUCCCUCUCUCCCCUGAACUCCUCCAUACCCCAUACAAACCUCCCAUUUAUCCCCAUUUUUCCCAAUCCCAUUUCCUUUCCCAAUAAAUAUUACAGUUUUUGGCAGAGCCAACUAGGUUUUCCAACCUAUUUUUGUCAAGAAUUUGGAAAAAAAAAAGUCAAUUGGAGUUUCAGAGAAGUUGGGCCUGACUACAUUUCAAAAGCCUGUGUGACUGUGAAAAGUAACCAUUUUGAGAGCAGUGCUGAGUGCAACUAAUCUGUCUAGUGAUACCAUACCCAAAAGAAACCACUCCUCCAGAAAGGAGGAGGCGACUCUUAAAGGGCCAGACUUAAAAUCUUUUUUCUGUUGCAAAAAGCUUUUCAAGAUACAAGAUGGUAAAGAAACUAUUACUUGCCAUGGGUACUCUAGCCUGGAUUGCAUAUUUCUUUUAUAUGUUUUUUGACUUAUUGUUUGUCACGAUUCCAGAUUAUAUUUAUUUUCUGCUUAGCAUCUAUGAAACUUUGCAAUGGCUGAAUGUAAGUAUGUAUCGCUUGAUUUCAUUCAUUCCCACAUAUGCUGGAACAUUAUUCUUUGUAACCCAAUUAUACUAUGCCCUAAAAAUAGGUGUGUAUCUAAUUUUUGGGAAAAAAGCAAAAGAUAAUGAAAUGGCUGUGACGAUUUUAGCCAUAAAAGAGGAGAUGAUGCAACUAAAGGAAAUGAUUAAGCAACUGAGUGAAGAGAAACAAUGUGGCAAAGGUAUUAACACACAACAAGACAUACCUAAAAAUAACAAUGUAGUUCAGCAAGAAAAUACAGAUGGGGCUGAAGGUGGAAUACCAAUAUUACCACUAAGAGAUCAAACAAACCUACAACCAGAUAGCGGCAUAAUUUAUAUUAAAACACAUAAACCAUUUACAACAGCUGACCUUGAAAGUCUGAAAAGACUGAUGCCUUCCUGGUUUUCAGAACCAAUGAGAUGUUUAAAAGAAUUUUAAAAAAGCAAUUAGGCUUUAUGAUGCAGAUUCCCAGGACACUGAAAUUCUUCUCUCAGAAUUAUUUUCAAAAAGGGAAAACAACAAUUCAUUAAUGAAACUAGAAAAAAUCCAAAUUUAACAUCAUGGUCAGAGGAAGGAACAGACUUAGAGUUAUCUAAUAACGAAAAUCUACGUUACCUAAGAAAAGCCAGAGGAGACUUAUUAGAGGCAAUGAAAAGUUUUUCAAAAAGACCAGAUACUUGGGGAAAAUUUGAGAGAUUGAGACAGGAAAGUGGGGAACAUCCAUCAAAGUUCCUUGAUAGAGUGAUUGAAGUAGCAGAGGAUGUGCUUGGAUUUGAAAAUUUAACUGAACAAAAUCUCCAACACAUAAGGAGACAAUUUGUGAAAGGCAGUAACACACCUAUUAGAUCAUAUUUUAAACUCCAGUGCCCAGAUUGGGAAACACUAAGUCUGGAAGAUUUAAGAAAAACAGCAACUUACAUAUUUUCAGGUCAUAAAGGAAUACUAGAGGAAAAGGAUGAAAUAAUAAAAGACCUUAAAGCCAAGCUCAAGGAGGCAAAUAGCACAAGUAAAUGUAAAGAAAUUGAAGAAAUAAAAAGUCUAGCCACUCUUCAAUCAUACAAACCCACAAGAAAUUACACACAAAAUAAUCAAAGGAGAAAUUUACCCAGAUGUUUCCUCUGUGGAAAAAUGGGUCACAUGUUUGAGACUGUUAUUUAAAGGCACAAUUAUUCCAAGCUAAUAACAAACCGAGGUCUUGAAAAAGCAAUGUAAAGAAUAGCAGCAAUAAUACACAAACAAAUGCAAAAUGUUGUGAUUGUAAUUGCAAGAAUUCAUUGCAAGCACUAAAUUUAGAAACCAUGGAGAGGGACAUCCAACAAGGAGCGAAGCCACGUUAUUCAUAAGUAGUCUCAGGUGCUGCCAAACAAAGUCAGUUAUGAAGCCAGGUACAUGGGGUAACAUCAAAAAGGAAAAAUGGGAAAGGAAAAAGGAAAAAUGAAAAGGAAGGAGACUGCAUGAAGAUAGAAGGUGGGGUUCCAAAAGUACAAAAUAAAACUAAACAGAUAGAAGAAGAAAUCCAAUUAGAUAAUGAUGUAACAGAGAUUAAAGAGAAAUUUUUUGGAACAGUGGAACAAUCUACAAAGAAAGAAGAAGGAACAAAAGUGGCAACAGUCUGUAAUACACGAACUGUAAAUGAAUUAAUUGAAGCACAUGAGGAAACAACAGAAGGGUCCAAUGGGGAGGAAAAUGAAAUAACAGAGAACAUUCAAAUUAGCAGACCUCCUGGAGACAAUGACUCUGAAAACAAGAAUGCUAUUACACAAGAAAAUACCAAUGACAUAAUAGAAAAGUUAACCUUAAAUCCUUAUGCAGAAGAAUUCCAACCAAUAGUAAGUGCACAAGAAAAAGCAAACACAAACAUUGUUAUGCCAUCCUUAAGUCUCCGUGAUAAUGCAAUUCUAUUGCAAACUGAUGAUGAAUUACAAAAUGAAUGUUCAAAGCAACAAGAAAAGUCUGUAGAUGAAGAACAAAACUGGGAUUUGAACAAAAUAGAAAUAGAGGCACCUAUGGUCCAAGUGUGCCAACAGAAUGAGAACACAGAACCAAGGGUUAUGAUAAAAGUGGGUAAUGAGAUCUACUCAGCUCUAAUUGAUACAGGAGCAACUAAAUCUGUUUUAAAAACAUCUCCCGAAGACAGCCAAAUCACAAGUUACGUCCAAGUUAAAGAGCUUGCAAAAGACUUGGGGAAUAUAGAGAUCACCAAGCAAGAGUCAAUGCAAGACACGAAUCACAUAGAAUCACUAUAUUCAAUAAUGUUUGAUUCAGAAAAUGAAGAAGACCACGAACCUUAUGAAUAUAUCAAAACUUACGAUCAAGAUCACAAAGCUUUACAAGAAGGAAAGACAGAUAAUUAUUUUAACAACUCAAAUCAGGAACAAAAGAUCCAGUCAGAAAAGUUAGUUAAGGAAAUAAACUACACAAUCACAAUAGAAGAAAUGCUGGCAGCAUUGGGAGUCAAGAAUUAUGAAGAACUUUAUGAAAAGUAUGUGGAAGUGGAUAAAGUGGAUAGAGACACUAAAUUUGCAGUACAAGAAAAUCGUAUACCUGAUCCAAAACAAAAGGAAGAAGAAGAAAACAAUGUAAUGCUCCUAUCACAUCUUCCUUUCUCUGACGUAGAACUUCUCACAAACUAGAUUGUCAAUUAACAAAAUAUAUAUAAGCUUUACAGACAAGAAUAGCAGAACUGCGUGAAGUGGGCUUGAUACAACAAACAGUAACCCUGGAUUUUAAUUUGCACAACAUCAAACCAGGAGACAUAGUAUACUUAAAAAAUUUCAAUAGAAAAUUGGCCACAGACAUAAAAUGGACUGGACCACAUGAAGUAUUGCUUACUACCCCAACAGCUAUAAAAGUUGCAGGGAAAGACUCAUGGUUUCACUGUUCCCACGUGAAACCAGAAAAAGUUCAACACCAUUGUAACAGACAUUGAAGAUAAUUAGACAACAGAUAGUGCUGAGAAAUGAAAACAAAAACUGAUUAACAUAAAAAGUACAACACAAAGAAAUAAUAGUGACACAUAAUGUUUGAGACAACUUCCCAGCCCAGAGGAAAAGCAACCCAGAGGAAAAGCAUCCCAGAGGAAAAGCAACCCAGAUGAAAAGCAUCCCAGAGGAAAAGCAACCCAGAGGAAAAGCAUCCCAGAGGAAAAGCAUCCCAGAGGAAAAGAUUUAAAACCAUCCCAGAGGAAAAGCAUCAAGAAAAGAUGCUAGAGACAAGAAACAAAGAGGAAAAGCUGAAAUGGACAGCUAAGACUUUGAACUUUGUAAAUUUGUUUAUAUUAGAGGACAGAUCAAAAAUGAGAUUUAUGUAUAAGACUGAGUGUGUUGAAAUAAUAAAACAAAAGUAAUUUCACAUAUUAGGGAAAUAGCAUGCAUCACUACAUAACAUGGAAGAAAGAAGAGAUCCAUCAGUCAACAUGAGAAGUGGAAAUCUGAAGAAACUUGAUAAGUAUUAAAUCAACACAACACUAUUAGACACAGAACACAAAAUCACAAACUGACAUAUUGAGAGACCUUGUUUAUAUUAAACAAGUGUCUGAAAUUGUAUUUAUGCAAAAUGUAAAUAUGUAUAUAGUUAGUUCCAUUAGGUCUAAGGCAAAUAGAAAGAUCAGUAGAUAUUUCUGUUUGACUGACAUCAUGAUGUGGAACAAUGUGUAUUGUUGUAUUAUAUGUAAAAACUUUCUAUAAAGAAGGUAUUAGUUUUAGUUAACUUAGAGUAAGUAGUAUUAGCACUAAGAUUCAAUUUCUUGUAAUAGUUUUGUUUGACAUUUUUGUACUGAAUUUAAUAUAAAACCCCAAAAUUACCCUUACCCUUACUUUCCCGCAAAGAAUCCUUAGAGUAGGUUUAGUAAAUUGGUAACUAUAAUAUAAAUAUAUGACCUUGGGAAGGUCACAACAAAAAAAGGGGAUGAUUGUGGAAAGGAAACAAGACUGACAGUUUGUGUGGGGGAAGGGCCAACUGGGAGUGGCAGUUGGGUCUUGUGACUAGCACUUCCUUCCGGCUAGGGGAAGACAAGAGGUCUUGCAUCCUGGGGUUGGAGGAGAGUGGAGCUUGUUCAGCCCAGUCUGGAGCGGCGUGCUCUUCUUGGUUCAGCCCGAAGACACAGGCUUCUGAAGGUCCUUCUCUGAAGCCAACCCUAAGAAGAUAUGGUAGCAUGGGGCUACCUUGGGACAAGAAUGGAGGACUGGAAGUCACAAAACUUUAUGAAACCAUAGACUUGAAACAUUGGAAGAGACUUCAGUGAUCAUUUAUUUUAAACUAUAGCCAGAGUGAGCUCUGUUUACAGCAUCCCUGCCAAAUGACUCUCCUGAGGAACCAACUCAGGAAAUCCUAGAAUUUCAGAGUUGGGAGAAACCUAUUCCAGAGAUGUUGAACUCAGGCAAAAAUCCCACAUGUCUCAAACCAGAUUAAAAAGUAAUUGGGAACUGUUUAUGAAAAGAAAUAAUUUAAAAAUGCUAUGUCAUAGAUAAUGCUAAUUUGUGGUUUUCAAAGUAAAAAUGCAGCCAGCAGAGAUGCAUUUCUAUUUGAUUUUAGCAUGACUGAAUCAAAUCUGUACCUGAAAAGAAAUUUUUCACUACAACAUCUGUGACAAGUACUUAUCUAACCUUUGCUUGAAGACCUCCAGUGAAGGAGAGAACUCAUACCUCAUGAGAUAUUCCAGUCUUGCUCUACAUGACAAGAUUCUCCUUUUUUCAGAGUCUAAUUCUUUUUAAUUCUCCCCACUCCAAUUAUUAUUUCUAUCUCUGCCCUCUCUGGUCAUUUGGGGGAAUGUCACUGCCUCUUUCUUAGGACAAUGAAAACAAGUCCUGGGUGGAGGGCAACCAGAUAUUGUAUGUGGAUCCUGGAAUCAGGAUGGCUCAUAUGAGCUCCCUGAGUUCAAAUUUGGCCCUAGACACUUACUAGCUGGAUGGCCCUGGACAAGUCACUUAAUCCUGUUUGUCUCAAAAAGUAAAAAUUAAUCAAAUAAUUAAUUAAAAAUGAAUCUUGGAUGUGGAGUUAGAAGACCUAAGUUCCAAUUUCAUCUGAGUUACUUAGGACUUCUUUGAGAUCUGUGACUGGUUUUGCCUUGUCUUUAUGUCUUUAGUCUCUAGCAUAAUAUCCCACAUAUAACAGCUUCCAAAUAAAGGCUUGUUGAUUGAC